UCAAGUUUUGUUAUACAAAGACAUUUUUAAUUGGUAAUUUAGUUUUCAAAAACAAGUUAUUCUACUCUUAAACUUAUCCUUAUUGGGAAUGUAGUCAAUUGUGAUAAAGUAUCAAGAAGAUUACAAGUGUAGUAUAUUUAUUAAGGUUAAUAUGAAGAGUGUUAUAUUUCUCUUUGUUAUUAAAGAGAUUGCUUGUCAGGGUAAUUGGAAGUUUGUUGGGAAUCCUUUGAUUCAUGCAUAUCCAUGUAAAAAUGUUAAAGAUAUUAUCAUAUCAUUUGAGCCCGGUUUACCUGAGGGCAAGAAUAAUGUAUACAGUGUAUUAAUUGAUAAAUAUAUACCAGCGUUUUCGGAAAUUGACAUACAAACUGAUUCGGAUGCUAUUUUAAAACUGGCAGACAAAGAUAAAGGCAGACUAAGUGUCUAUGGCCCAGAUAGUUUUAACAUAAGAAUAACGAAUAUGACUAACACGAUUUCGUUCGCAGUAAAAGGUCCACCGUCAGGCGGACUUCCAUAUUUUCAAAGUAUAAAAUUAAACUCAGUGGAAUUGUGCGCCAAUCCAAAAAAGGGUUAUUUGAAAAAGUUCGUCAAAAGUUCAGGUGAUGAUAAUACUGUAACUGAACUAGUCGGUGGCGGUACUUGUGGCAGAAGGAAGGUUUUACACACAGAACUAAUUGUCGAAGGAGAGGCCACCAAGGCUGGGGACUGGCCGUGGCAUGUCGCCAUAUAUAGACUUUAUAAAAGAGAAAUCAAAUACAUCUGUGGUGGAACUUUAUUGUCCAAGAACUUUGUAUUGACUGCUGCACAUUGCGCUUCAGUUAGAGGCGAGACAGUUAUAGCGGAGACUUUGAAUGUAGUUCUGGGUAAACAUAACCUCGUCGGAGGUGAUGUCGCCGUACAAGAGAAAGAAGUUUUUAGUGUAAUCUUACACGAAAAUUUCAAAUAUCGAAUUACUUUGGACAACGACAUUGCACUUCUGAAGUUAAGGACUGAAGUUACAUUUACUGACUACGUUCAACCUGCUUGCUUGUGGUCUGAGGAAUCACAUAAUAGAUAUCCUAUCAAAGAAAUUUUUGGCACGGUGGUAGGAUGGGGAUUCGACCAGUCAAAUGAACUCUCAUCACAACUCCGUCAAGCUUCAAUGCCAAUAAUACAAGAACAGAAGUGCAUUAAGAGCAACCCACUGUUCUACUCAAAGGUUUUGAACGAUAACAAAUUCUGCGCAGGCUGGGGAAACGGUACAUCUGCUUGUAAUGGAGACAGUGGCGGUGGUUUCUUUGUCUUCACUCCUGAUAUACGUCACGACAACGGGUCUAAUUCACCUGGCGCCUGGUUCCUUAAGGGUAUUGUUUCUCUGACAGUGUCCAAGAGAGAUGCAAGGAUAUGCGAUCCAACACAAUAUGUAGUCUUCACAGAUGUAUCAAAGUAUAAACAAUGGAUUGAGAAAUAUGUGCAACAGUUUUAGUAUAGAAGAUUUUAACUAGUAUAGCUAUUAUUAGUUAUGUUUUUUUAC